CUCGGAACAGCGCACGCGAGCAGACGCCGUUCUCUUCAAAACAGAUAAGGCGGACUAACCGGGAGAACCGAAGCUCUCUGUCUCCGUCCUGUCGGCGCAGACGUGAAAGCACCAUCACCAAGCAGAAGAGAAUACACACUGUAGUGGCCUAACGCGAUUGGGACUACAGAUAGAUUACAUGCAAAAUUCUCUCUAGCUUUGUCCGGACCAGAUAUCAAAGUGCAUAAUGGAUUUUGUAAUGAAGCAAGCGCUGGGAGGGGCCACCAAAGACAUGGGGAAAAUGUUAGGUGGAGAAGAAGAAAAAGACCCAGAUGCUCAGAAGAAAGAAGAGGAAAGGCAGGAAGCACUGCGGCAACAAGAGGAGGAAAGGAAAGCCAAGCACGCUCGCAUGGAGGCCGAGAGAGAGAAGGUCAGACAGAGCAUCAGAGAUAAGUACGGACUGAAGAAGAAGGAGGAGAAGGAGGCUGAGGAGAAAGCUGCCAUGGAGCAAGCCUGUGAAGGCUCGCUAACUCGCCCGAAAAAGGCCAUUCCGGCAGGGUGCGGGGACGACGACGACGAUGACGAGGAGAGCAUCUUGGACACCGUCCUGAAAUUCUUGCCGGGACCUCUUCAGGACAUGUUUAAAAAGUAAUGGACAUAAGACUGUUUUUGGGGGGCUGCUGGGAGGUUUACUUUUGUGGGGAAGUGAUUUAGUUUGAGACAGGGGAUAGUGGGAAUCUUGCCAAACUGUGGAAGGCUUUUCACUGCCUCGACAAAAGUCUUAGUUGUUAUUUCCACUGAUAAAAACAAUCCAUUCCCCUACAAAGUUGGUCUUGUCACUGCCAUUCAGGUUCAAGUUGUUUAUAUGUUAAAGAUUUUUCUAUUGGUUAACGUAUAUGCACAACCAUGGCCUCAUACUCUGCAAAUUGUGGGCCAUUGGGAUCCAUUAUAAAGGACACAACAGGAAUACUUUCCAUCAAGUUGAUAAUAGUGAACACUGGCACUGGAAUGAGGUGUGUAUGUGUAUGUAGCUAGUUCCCUGUGAAACUCUCCCCAUUCCCCCUCCCAACACUUGUAAAAGUUGAGUAAAAGCUGAGAGGGCAAAAGGGUAAAAAAAACAACAGCAAUUUAAGCAUGAUGCCUUCCGAUGACUUUCUACACAUUUUGGUUAGUGUUUUUUUUUUGUUUUGUUUUAUUGUGAAGGACUGAAAAAGUAUUCUCUCUCAUGAAGGACAGGAAUCGAAUGAAUUCAGGACAUGUUUCACGAGGUGUAUUGUCUAGGUUUGGCAUUGCCCUACUUAGACCUAAAAGGGAACGUGAUUGUGUCUAUAAUGCCCUUCUAGACAACUUGAAUGCUAAUUGUCUAAUUGCCAUUUCUUGAAUACUUUUCUUCCCUUUUUUUAUAUUCUUGUCUUUUAACAUGUAAGAGAAGUAAUAGUCAUUGUUUACCAUUUGAAAGAGAAGUAAUAUGCACAUUAGUCCUGCCAGCAUGAGUUUUUGGAAGGAAAGCAUGUAUAGGUUUGCACUGGGAAAAAAAUAAAAACAGAACACUGCCACAUUUUAGCAAGCCAAUUGUUUCAGUGACCAAAUCUUUUCUAUAAAAGAAAAACGUACAUAAAAUGAAAAUGCAUAAAAAAAAUUAUACUUGCAUUUGUAAUCCAGCCUGGAAAAGCACUGCACUGAUGGGAGCUAGAUUUUCUAUUUAUUUAAAGA